CUCGACUCGAAUAGGUUAUGCGAGACAAAGGUCCGCCGCCGCGUGGUAUUAUUCCGUGCGUUCUCGUGCAUCCUCAACUCGUGGCCGUCCGUGGUUGGUCUGAUUUGAUCCUUAGGACUUCUCGGCGACGACCUUGCCCCUCGACGGCACCGACGGACACGCUCCCGCCCCUUAGUCUGCCCCCUUAUCAUCUCCGAGGAAUCGGGUGGGAGAGAACGGUGGAGACGGGAGUCUUGCGCGAAGGUUCAUCAUCCAUGGGUGAACGUGAUUUUGUUGAUAAGGACAAGCUGAUACUAAGGGGCUUGCAGUUUCAUGGAUUUCAUGGUGUGAAACUGGAGGAAAAGAAGCUUGGUCAAAAGUUUGUGAUCGAUGUGGAUGCUUGGAUGGACUUGAGCAAUGCUGGUAAAUCUGAUGACAUUUCUGACACAGUCAGCUAUACUGCUAUUUACCGGAUAGUGAAGGAAGUGGUGAAGGUGGAGUCGGUAGCUCACUUGAUUGCAAAUACCACGUUACUUCAAUUCCCUCAGAUAUCUGCUGUGAGGGUGAAGGUGGGGAAGCCUCAUGUGGCCGUUCGUGGCACCAUCGACUACUUGGGCGUUGAAAUCCUCAGAUACAAAAAAGCGUCCUCUGUGGAUUAAGAGGCUCUGCCAAACCAUGGAUGUGUUGAUGAUGAUGCGAUCGGUCCUUAUCGAAAGGUAUGUAUGUAUCUAUCUAUCUAUUAUAUCAUCGAACAUGUGUUUUGACU